UCAGCUCCAACUGCCUCACUCCAGCCCAGCACAGCAGUGACAUGGUGUGUACAAUCUCCGUGGUGGUGGCGUGCCUGGUGGCGGCGGCGGUCGCUGCCCCCGAUCUGUCCUACCUGCCACCGGCUGCUGGGGGCGGCGGUGGAGGCGGCGCGGGGGGCGGCUACGGACGUGGUGGACCCGGCGGCGGCGGCGGUGGUGGUGGCGAUGAGGGCCCAUCGGAGCCGGCGAACUACGAGUUCUCGUACGAAGUACAGGACGCGGCCGCAGGACUCGACUUCGGGCACAAGGAGUCCCGCCAGGGCCACGUCGCCAACGGCAUGUACCACGUGCAGCUGCCCGACGGCCGCCAGCAGCGCGUAGACUACGUGGCCGACGAGCAGGGUUACCGGCCCAACGUCAAGUACGAGGGCACCGCCACCUUCGGCGGCCCCGGAGGCGGCGGCGGCGGCGGCGGCGGCGGCCGCGGAGGCUUCGGAGGCGCUGGAGGCGCUGGAGGCGCUGGAGGCCCUGGAGGCGCUGGAGGCUACAACUACGGCGCGCCGGCACCCGGCAGCGGAGGCAUCGCCGCCAACGGAGGCUACCAGUACUAG